AUGUCGAACGGCCUACUCAUCCUCGGCGAUGAAGAGAUCCGCAACCUUUUGCUAACCCUCUCAAAACCCGAAAUCCUCACCUUUAAAACGGUUUUAGAAAAAGUCCUCAUCGACUUCUCCGUCGGCGGCGAAGGCCAAUACCAACCAACCCCAGACUUCGUCAACAGACCCUCCGGUCAAAAGACUCUCUUCCGCACUUUCACUUCCCCAGACGGUGUUGGCACCAAAAUCGUCGUUACACCAGCGCCCAUCACAGAUGAGAAUGGAAACACGGUGAAUCGUCCUCUUGGUGGUUUGCUUUCGCUAUGUGAUUCCGCGGGUGUGCCGACUGGUAUACUCAACGCUGCUGAACCAACAGGAUAUCGUACUACGCUUUCUGCGCUUAUUCCUUGGACGUGGAGACGAUGGACGGAGAAUAUUGUUGUUUUUGGCGCGGGGAAGCUGUUGGUUAGGCUUGCCUAUACCUAUGGGCUUUGGCAUGCGAGACUUGCCCUGGCACUUAGAGGAGAUGAGAUCAAGAAUAUCACCAUCGUUAACCGUUCAGUUGGAAGGGCAAGGGACUUGGUGAAGCAGGUCAUGGAAGAGAAUGAGAGGUACUGGAAAUCUGAGGCUAAGCUGGAGGUUCUUGAUCCUGCGCAAUCAGACUACGACGAGGCUUUGGCGUCACUGUUGGGCUCGGCGGAUGCAGUAUUCUGUACCGUCGGUUCGACAAGUCCUCUGUUCAAACUCAAAGCAAUACUCGGCGAUGGAUCUCGAAGCAGAUUACCCUUCAUCGGAGCCAUCGGCUCAUGGCAACCCGAUAUGAUUGAAUUAGAUCCUGAGAUGCUCCGUCACGCAGCUUUACGAGACGACUCAUACAGUCCACGCGGCGCAAAAGGAAGUAUUCUUGUUGAUGACCUUGAAGAAGCACUGGUCAAGUCUGGAGAAGUCAUACAGAGUGGUCUUGAGAAAGAUAGUUUGCUGCAAGUGGGAGAGAUUCUAGACUGGCUUGAUGAUCAGUCUGAGAGAAAGCCUGAAGAAGGUGUUGAGAAACUGAAGGCGUGGAUUAGUGAGGGGUUUGUGGUGUAUAAGGGUAUUGGAGUUAGUGUGACGGAUAUUGCUGCUGGUAAUGCGAUUCUGGAACUGGCCAGGAAGCGGAAUGUUGGGACUACUAUUUCCAACUUUUAG